AUGAGCGAGUGCACCUGCGCGCGAGUAUGGGCCGCGCAUGUGCACGUGAGUGGCUGGUAUUGGGGAGGCGUCCGUACUUGUGUGGGCUUGUCUGCCGAGUGCCGGGGAGCGGUGGGAAAGUUCCCAGGUGGGUUGGAGCGUGGCAAAGCGGGCAAGGCGAAAGAUGGCCAAGGAGACCAGACCCACGUGGUGAGGCCAGCCCCCGGCUUCAGGUGGUGUGGGGCUGCGGGUCGCAGUGGGCAGACACCCCAGGAGGAGGGGACUAUGGACCACUUGGCCGCUAAACUUGGGAAGAGAGCUCAGCCAUCCACGGCUGCCUCCGCCGCUCCCCCUCAAGACCGCAGAAUCGUGGACCUGGAGGGCGGCAGGACUCCGGCACCAGUGACGUUGAGGGAUGUGGCUGUGGACUUCACCUGGGAGGAAUGGAGGCACCUGGAGCCAGCUCAGAGGGACCUGUACAGGGAUGUGAUGUUGGACAACUAUGAGAACCUGGUUUCUAUAGGGAUUCCUGUUUCCAAACUGGAUAUCAUUUCCCUAUUGGUUAGAGGAGAAGCACCGUGGAUGCCAGCUAGAAAAGGCCACAGAAUCUUUUAUGAAGAUUCCCUUAGUGGUGAGAUCAACUCUGAAAACAAGGACUCAUGUCUAAUGGAGGGUAAUCACAUGGGAGCAUCAUCCAAGAAAAUUCUACCAAAGGACACUAUCUGUCAUUUCAAGAUGAGCAAAGCUGAGGAAUACGAUGUUAAUUUAGAGAAACAGAAGGACAACCAGGAAAGGCAAUGUAGACAAGUAACAAAUAUUCCCAGAAUAAUUUUUAAUAAUGCUAGGGUACCUCAAUAUAAUGCAUUUGGGAGACAUUUUAAUGUGGGAUCAACAUUGGUUGCACUAUGGAAAGAGACAAUGGGAAAAAGCAUCUUUAAAUAUAAAACAUUUGGAAAGACCUUCAGCAGUUUUUCUGAUCUGAUUACAUCUAAUGCUUUCUCCUUCUGGUGGAACCUUUCCAAGUCUAACAAAUGCAAAAGAUCCUUCAGGUACCACUCAGACCUAAUUAAAUUUCAUAGACUACAUGUUGGAGAAAAGUUACAUGAGCAAAAGAAAUGUGAAACAUCCCUUGGCAGAAUAUCAAGCUGUAACAGAGCUCAGAGAAGUCAUGUUGGCAAGAAACUUUACAACCAUAAUAAAUAUCAGAAGUUCUUUAGUCAAAGAGAAAGUUUGGCAAAACUUAAUGCAAUUCAAAUGAGGGGAAAAUCCUUAGUAUAUAUUAAAUUUAAGAAAGCCUUCAUCAAGAGGGGAUACCUUAUUAAGCAUCAGAGAAUUAAUACUGGUAAGAAACCCUUUGAAUGUAAUGAAUGUGGGAAAAAUUUCAUUGAGAGGAGAAAACUUAUUAGUCAUCAGAGAACUCAUACUGGAGAGAAAUCAUUUGCAUGUAGUAGAUGUGGAAAAAGUUUCAGUCAGGAGGCACACCUUAUUAGUCAUCAGAAAACUCAUACCAGAGAGAAGCCCUUUGCAUGUAAUGAAUGCGGCAAAGGUUUCUGCCAGAGGGGACACCUUAAUAGACACCAAAGAAUUCACAGUGGAGAGAAACCCUUUGAAUGUAAUGAAUGUGGGAAAGGCUUCUUCAGGAGGGGCCAUCUUAUUACCCAUCAGAGAAUUCAUACUGGAGAGAAACCCUUUUUGUGUAAUGAAUGUGGGAAAACAUUCAGCGAAAGAAGAAACCUUAUUAGCCAUCAGAGAAUUCAUACUUCAGGAAAACCUUUUGUAUGCAGUGAGUGUGGAAUAAGCUUCCGGCACCGAGUCAGUCUUAUCAUCCAUCAGAGAACUCAUACUGGAGAGAAACCAUUUUCAUGUAAUGAAUGUGGGAAAGGCUUUAGACAGAGGGGUCACCUUAGUACACAUAAGAGGACUCAUACUGGAGAGAAACCCUUUGUUUGCAAUGAAUGUGGGAAAACCUUCAGUGAAAGGAGAAACCUUCUUGCCCACAGGAGAAUUCAUACUGGAGAGAAACCCUUUGCAUGUAAUGAGUGUGGGAAAGGCUUCCGAUGCAAAGCAAGUCUUAUCAUUCAUCAGAGAACUCAUACUGGAGAGAAACCCUUUGUAUGUAAUGAAUGUGGAAAAGGCUUCAGCCAGAGAGGACACCUUGUUACACACCAGAGAAUUCAUACUGGGGAGAAACCCUUUGAAUGUAGUGAAUGCAGGAAAACCUUUAGUGAAAGAAGAAAUCUUAUUACACAUCAGAGAAUUCAUACUGGAGAGAAACCCUUUGCUUGUAGCGAAUGUGGAAAAGGCUUCCGAUGCAAAGUGAGCCUUAUUACCCACCAGAAAAUUCAUACCAGAGAGAAACAUUUUGUCUGUAAUGAAUGUGGGAAAGCUUUCAAUGAAAGGGCACAUUUAAUUACCCACCAGAGAACUCAUACUGGAGAAAAACCCUUUGAAUGUAUUGAAUGUGGGAAGGCCUUCAGUGUGAGAGGAAGCCUUAAUAGACACCAGAGAACUCACACUGGAGAGAAACUUUUUGAAUGUAAUGAAUGUGGGAAAGCUUUCAGCCAGAGAGGAAACUUUAUUAGCCAUGAAAGAACUCAUAGUGGAGAGGGACCUUUUUCAUAUGAUGAAAAAGGGAAGGCCAUCAUUGACCAUGGACUACUCAAAAGUUAUUACCGGAUUCAUACUGGAGAAAAAUCCUUUGCAUGUAAUGAAUGUGGGAAAGUCUUCAGCAAGAAAGGAUACCUUAUUAGACACCAGAGAAAUCAUAAAGGAGUAAAGCAGUUUGAAUGUAAUAAGUACAAAGAGUAGCAUAGAACAGUUUCAUGUUAGUGCAGCAGGAGGAAUCUAGUCUAGUACCACAGCAUCUCCACUUGGUUCUGUGCAAUUGAACAUUUUUUUCAAUGACACAGAUGACAUAAUUAUCAAAUUUUCAAGUUAUCCAAAAAUGAGAGGGAUAGCUAUCAUACCAUGUGACAAAGACAGGCUCCAAAAGGAUCUAUGACCAGUUUGGAUGUGGGACUAAUGUCAACUAAGGUGAAAUUCAGUAGGGAUAAAGGCAUGCAAUAACCUUCAGAAGUAAUUAGUAAGCAUCUACUACAUGUUUAUUAUCUCCCUGGUUCUGUGUCAAACAUAGUGUACAUAAAGAAAAGGCAAAAUGCAUCUCUGCUCCUGGAGGAUACUUAUGGAGACAACACAGAAGUAACUAGGCAAAUGCAAAAUAUUUACAAAGUAGAUGGAGAUGACUACAGUGGUGGUGGCACUAUCCAUUGGGGAAACCUGGAAAGGUUUCCUGCUGAAGGUGGAAUUGGAACAAUCUUGAGGGAAGCCAGUGAAAAUAAAAGGCAGAAGAGAGAAUUUAGAGCACAGAUGGUAUGAAAACCCAAACUUGGGAGGUGGAGGAUUGUGUGUGUGUAAUUUGAAGAAGACCAGAGUAGCUGGACUAGGAAUAGGGCUUUUGUAGGGGAGUAAAUCUAGGAAGAAACCAUACUGUCAAGUUUAAAAUGUGAAACAAAAGAUUAUAUUUAAUCCUAAGGUUAAAGGUAAUAAGUGCUUGUUGACAAGCUACUGGAACUGAUUGAGUGGUGGAGUAACAUCAGACUUACACUUUAGGGAAAUUCAAUUUGUCAGCUGAGUGGAGGAUGGCUUGCAGGAGGGAAAGGUUUUGAGCAGGGGGAUCAUUUAGAAUCUUAUUACCAUAUAUAGGUGAGAGUUGUUUGGGCACUGGUAGUGAUGUAAUAAAACCCUUAAAAAGACAAAAAUGUUCUACCUUCGGCAAUAACUGAGAUUUAAAAUUCCUGGACAGUCAGUGAGUGAUAUUCUGUUCCACAUUAAAAGUCAUGUUGAAGGGCAGCUGUGUAGCUCAGUAGAUUGAAAGCCAAGCCUAGGAGGUCCUGGUUUCAAAUC